UGAACGCCAUGAACAAGCUCCAGACCAAGAAGCCUUGGAACAUGUCCUUCUCCUUCGGGCGUGCCCUCCAGCAGAGCACCCUCAAGGCCUGGUCCGGCAAGAGGGAGAACGAGGAGAAGGCCAGGGCGACAUUCCUGGUGAGGUGCAAGGCCAACUCUGAGGCCACCCUCGGCACCUACAAGGGCGAUGCCACCCUCGGCGAGGGCGCCUCCGAGCGCCUCCACUUCAAGGACUACAAGUACUGAUCUAUCUGCCUCCGGCGUUGUGGCCCGUUUGGGCGUCCCGCUUACCAGUAUCAUUGUUUGGUUUUCUGAUUCCUGAUAUAUCCUCGGAUAUCGAACAUCGUUUUUAAUAAUAUGGAACUUGUGUUUUCAUAAUACCAUAGUAGUUUCUUUUUGGAGUUGAAGUACCCUGGAAAUCGGGUGCUGCGUAUCGUAUAUUGGAGCAGGUUUUUGUUCCAUGGUCCUGUAAUUUACCUGCUCAUACAAUGUUAAAACCUGUCAUAUGCUGAGUACACAUGUGUUCCGUCA